AUGGACGCACGCCCAUCGAUGCGACCGUCGAAGCCGCCAACGGUGGCCGAACUGGCUGCCCAAGGCGAGAACUUCGCUUUCAACACAAAUAUAUCGCUCAAACACUGGAUGAGGACCGCAGAAACUCUAUAUCAAGAGGCCAACUUUGCACUCUCCGACGGCGACUAUGGUAGAGCUUACGUGAUGCUCUACCGCCACUCCGUUCUUGUUCUGAAGUGCCUACCGAAACAUCCUCAAUACCGAGACCCCGAGACUCGCCAGGCGUGUCGCUCUCUCUCCAAGCGGGUCAACCGAGUCCUUGAUGACAUAGCUCAGCUGAAGCCGUUAAUCGAACAGUCCGUCAAGGAGUGGGAGCGCAUGAAGCCUACAGAUAAGUUACAAGAGCCCCGGAAGAGUGACGCUUCUCUUAGUUACGCCGACUUUGCUGCGCGAGAUCCAACACUAAGCGGCAACGCCAAGAUACUUGACGCCUCAGAGCACCAAGACUUAGCUGUUGAUCUUGCCCAAAAGGAGCUCAGGAGGAGAGACAUUGUCCGGCACGCAUCAAGGCAUGAGGCAACACAGUCGAAUGGAAGCCUGGUUGUGGGGAAUGGGGACCAUAUAAACGCUGGUCCAGAUGCUGAUCUGCGGAGCCAAAUGGAGAUGGCUCGGAGGAAUCUCGAUUCACCCGGUAGCUGGAACCAAGGGGACUCGGGUGCCUCUGGACCAAAGGGCUACUCAUCCAAUUUUGUUUCCCAGAGCUACAACUAUCCACUAGUUUCCAGAUCUCAACCGGUGGCCUGCGAGGGGACGACAUCACAAUCACAAGACUCGGCUGGGCCGGCGCCUCCCCAGCCGGACAGACCACCCAAGGAACCAACAUACAGCCUUUACCGAGAAGGCCAGCAAGGACCGCCUCGGAUCCCACAGAAGGUCCAGCUAGAGAGCUACGAGUCUCUGGUCCCGUCGUCUGCACAGCAAGAACCGCACUACCAAGCUCCUAUGCUACCGCCCAAGACCUCCAGCGAUUUCACACCGGCUGCACACAAGAAGGAGCGCCUCACGUUUAAGCCGGGUGCAUAUCUCGAGAACGGGGAUCCUAUACGAUCUAUAUUUCUCCCACGGGGUAUCCGGGAGUCCUUCCUGGAUAUCGCUGCCCCAAACACCCGAGCUGGUAUAGAAAUGUGCGGCAUACUCUGUGGCACACCCAUCAACAAUGCCUUGUUUGUGCGGUGCCUCCUGAUCCCUGACCAAACUUGCACACCGGAUACGUGCGAGACGGAGAAUGAGUCAGCCAUGUUUGACUAUUGCGAUCGUGAAGACCUUCUCGUUAUUGGGUGGAUUCAUACGCAUCCGACACAAACGUGCUUCAUGAGCUCGCGCGACUUGCAUACUCAGGCGGGGUAUCAGAUUAUGAUGCCCGAGAGUGUGGCCGUCGUGUGCUCUCCAAAGUUUUCACCAAGGUGUGUCUUUUUUGAAAUGUUCCCCCCAGAGGACAGUAAGACAGAAGCUAAUGCGCCACGUACAGUUACGGCAUAUUUCGUCUAA